AUGUCGCGUGGUGAUCUCGUAGGGAAGGAAGGAGCGGAUAAUGGUGAACUGGGGGAGGCAAGGGAGGCCAAAUGCACUGGCUACCGUACAUCAUCAGGGGCUGAGACGGUAGACAGAACUGCGUGUUCACCCAACCCAUGUCAAAAUGGCGGCCAAUGCACCGUGAAAGAUGGAGGAACAAACUACACCUGUAAUUGUACUGGUCGAGGUCAUACUGGAAGAAAUUGUGAAAUCAACAUGUGCUCGCCGAACCCUUGUCAAAAUGGCGGACAAUGUACUGUGAAAGAUGGAGGAACUAACUACACCUGUACUUGUACUAAUCACACUGGAAGAAAUUGCGAGCUAAAAUGCGUUUUGUUUGACUUUGAAACUGGACGACUUGACGGUUGGACCCUGACAGGAACAGCAUUCAACAAUCAGCCAACCUACGGAGACAAUUCCCUUGCAAGAGGCGUGGAGUCCGCCAAACUCAAAGGAGACUGGUACAUAGCAACAUUCGAGAACAGACCCAGUCCUUCGCAUCCUGUAGGAGCACAAAAGAAAAUACCUAUGGGAAAUGCGACUUCUCCACCAUUUGUGAUCCGAGGAACAAAAAUAAGGUUUCUUCUGGGUGGUGRUAWUGAUAUAAAUACACUGCGAUUUGAGUUGCUUAUUGAUGGAGUGGUCGUUGACAAGACAAYCARYMCARGAARGAGCUUUACAAUGACACAAAGAGAGUUCAAUGUAUCAUCUCGAAGAGGUCAGGAAGCCCGGGUUCGAAUCGUUGACAUGACAAGCACGGGUGUGAUCUGCGUUGACCACAUCGAAGACAGUUGCWAUGAGUAA